CAGACAAUAUGGCGCGACGCAUUGGAUGGGAAGAAGCAAGAAAUAUUUUAAGAAGGGUUCGAGAGGAACAAGCCAGGGAUGGACAGACUGUGGUACGCGUAUGGGAAGAAGUUCUGAUGAAGAACAGAAACAAAUUAGGAGAUGAGUUAUGGGUUGUGUAUGAACAAGUAUGCAUCGCUGCUCUGGAUUGUCAACGCUUUGAUUUGGUGGAUGCAUGUAUUUCCGUACUAAAGGAUAACUUUCCAAAAAGUAUACGAGUUGACAGACUACGAGGAAUGUUGUACGAAGCUCAGGGAAGGUUCAACAUAGCAGAGGAAGUUUACAAGAGUAUAAUUGACAGAGAUGAAACCAAUAUGUUUGCAAAAAAGAGACAAGUUUCAGUUCUGAAAGCUCAAAAUAAAAUCCCAGAAGCUAUUGAUAAGCUGAACAGUUACCUGCGAGAAUUUAUGACAGAUUUCGAGGCAUGGACGGAGCUGUGUGAUUUAUAUCUGUCGCAGCAAGACUAUCAAAAGGCAGCAUUUUGUAUAGAGGAGUUGAUCAUGUCAAAUCCACACAAUCAUCUUUACCACCAGAAAUACGCAGAAAUCUGCUAUACACAGGGAAACUUUGAACAGGCUAGAUCAUAUUUUGCUCAGGCACUCAAACUCAACCCUAACAAUAUUUGCAGAUCUUCGUCAUGUAGUCUAGCCUCCACAAGUAAAAGCAAGGAGAAACAAGCCAAUGUAAAGUAUGCUGCAUGGGCAGCGCAGCAACUUAAGGAGAAGUAUGUGACAGUGCAGUCUGAAGAAGCGACCAAACAAACCAAGAUCUUAGAAACUAUUGACAGACUUCUAGAAUCUACCACAGAAAAAGCUUCAAAUUGAUCAAGAUUUCAGAUUUUUAGAAUGCAAAUGUAUUCCAGAACUUUAUGGGAGUUGAACCAUGAAAAUUUCAUAUUAUUACCAAGGAUUCAGUACAGUAUUUAAUGCUGUGAGGGAUUUAGUUGAUGUUAAUGUUGGAAUUCGUAAUUUGACUCUGGGUAAAAUGGUUCCGAUUAGAAACACAUCAUUGGUACAGGAGAGUGUUCCAUAGGGUAUCAGUUAUUAUGUCAAAAUUUCUGGUUGAUAUUUACUCAAUGCACAGAAAGGCCUUUGUUUCCAAGUGUACCUAUAUCUACUAAACUUUAUGCACCAACAUGCUUUUUAAGGGUAGUUUUUUUUUAUUUGGAGUUGAGACUUCUGGAAACUUGAUACAAGUUCAAUAUCAAGAUAGAAGUGGUGAUACUGAAGAACCGUUUGUGAAAUUUUCAUUUUCGGUUUCAAUACGAAUUUUACUUUCCAACACAGUAAACAACUGUGAUAAACUUUUGUGUUUAUGGAAAAUAACAUCAUGACCAAUGUUUUCUUCAGUUGUGGAAUGUGAAAAAAAAUCACCAGAAGACUUGUUGAUGGACUCUGUCAGUUCAAUGAAGUCUUUUCUGUCUCUUUAGCUUGUAAUACCUUCUGGAAUAAAUACUUACACAUCAUAACUGCAAGCGAGUAUCCUAGUUUUAUUGUCGGGAUAUUUGAGAAUGUUAUCAAGAAAAGGAUUCAUUUUCAUUUUCAGAGUGUAAUGAGAUGGGUUUUUUUAUUACAGAAAAUAAAUUAUAGAAUCCACCACGUAGAAUCCAUAAGCUUUAUUUAUUUAUUUUUUUCAUGUGCAUGUCUUUUGAUCAGAGAAAAUGUUACACAACCAGAGAAAAAGGGUUGAUAGUGGCUAAAAUUGUGGAAAGGGGAUGAGUACAGGAAAAGUGGCAAAUGGGAGUAAGUUUAUAUGUGAAAUCAGCAGAGCUUUUCUCCUUUCUUUAAAACAUUUAAUACUAAAAGUAGUUUUUGAAAAGAUAAAUGUUUUGAUAUCAUACUUGAAUGAAUUCCUGGUUUCAUCAUACCUUGAUGUGUUUUAAAAACCUUAUUUUUUUCCUUUUGUCCAUUCCACCUGAAGAGUUAGAUUGACUAUUCAGAACCAUGAUGUUUACAAUGGUCUUGCUGGCUUGUCUGUUCAUGUGUUAAGGCGUUUUUUAUGAAAUGUUUACAAAUUGAUAUACUUUGGUGACGGAUUGUGUUAAAUUCGUUAAUGAUCAUGUUGUUUCUAGUCUGAAUUUCGUUGUUAAAAGAAAUCAUGUUAUUUAACUUAACAAGUAAGACAAUUUUUUAGUUUAAGCUCACUCAUAGGUAUAUCUUGUGAUGUGAUUCAUGAAAAAUACAACAGAUUUAUAUUUGGCUUCAAAAUAUUCAAAAGAGCAAUAUUGUAAACCCAUUUUUCUUCAAUGUGUGAUUUACCUGCAAAAAUUUCAUUCUUAUUAAGUAAAAUCAUAAAAAUUGAUUGAUGUGAAUCAAAACAUGAAAGAUAAACGCAGAUUUUUCUAAUUAAACAUGGAUAUUGAACUCACUUGUAACCUUCAAGUAAGGUCACAAGCAUGUUUGAAUUCAAUGACUGCAUCGCCUGUGUACAAAGUCAAACAAGCUUUUAAAUAACUGUGAUUGACCUUCACUCUGAUAUGGAAACAGAAACACAUCACACUUUAUUUGUUCUUUGAGGUAUUCUUCCGCAUUCACUCUAAUGUCAAAGGUCAUUACAGUCUGUGGACAAGUGCCUGAAGUGAUCAAUGUCAAAGGUCAUUACAGUCUGUGGACAAGUACCCGAAUUGAUCAAUGUCAAAGGUCAUUACAGUCUGUGGACAAGUGCCUGAAUUGAUCAAUGUCAAAGGUCAUUACAGUCUGUGGACAAAUGCCUGAAUUGAUCAAUGUCAAAGGUCAUUACAGUCUGUGGACAAGUGCCCGAAUUGAUCAAUGUCAAAGGUCAUUACAGUCUGUGGACAAGUUUGAUCAAUCAAACCCUGACCCAUGUUUCUUGCAUGUGUUAUAGAAGACUUACCUAUCAUGGCUGAAUGGAAUUAGGGCCCAGAAAUUGGCUUCCUUAUUCGGUUUUAAUUAGAAAUUUGUUGUAUUACUGAAAUUGUAAAAGUAUCAGGGAAAGAACACUUAGUUUGUAGUAUUUUAUUACUUGCUACCGGUCAGAAUUUUUAAAAUUUUAAAAACACAUCAGCAAAAUUGAAAAAUUGUGUUACAAUUUUUCACAUAUAAUCAGGUGAUGGGCACUAAAUCUAAUGUUUCAUGAAAUUAUUUGAUCAGUAGACAAGUAAAUCUAAUGUUUUGUGAAAUUAUUUGAUUGGUCGACAAGUAAAUCUAAUGUUUUGCGAAAUUAUUUGAUUGGUCGACAAGUAAAUCUGAUGUUUUGUGAAAUUAUUGGUCGACUAAUGAGAUUUAUAUUACAAUCAGCAGAUUUUCAUAAAACAUGUAUAAAAUUGAGUUGGAGGAGUGUAAGCAUGUUGUGUACAUAUUUAUAUAACAAGUCUCUGUAUCAUAGAGAAUAUGAUUGGUAUAGCCUUGUGAGAUAUAUAGGCAAUGGAGUUUGUCAUUUUUUUGGGAGAACCACUGAAUAGAUGCAAUAAUCAAAAAGAAAA